CGCGCGCCCGGGACCUUUCAUGCGCCACACUCCCCGCCGUCCUCCCUCGCUGUCCUGAAAAGUGCCACCGCUUUCCCCGGGAAUUUCCACGGUCUUCAAAGGGCAUGAUUCCCCAGUAAUAUUCCCCACCCUGAUCCAAGGUGCAGGUUGGCCUCCCAUCCAGGGGAGACUGCUUCUUGUGUGACACCAGCCACUGAAAGAGACUCCGAUGGACUUACACCGGGCAGCCUUCAAGAUGGAGAACUCAUCCUACCUUCCCAACCCACUAGCAUCCCCAGCACUGAUGGUCCUGGCAUCCACAGCAGAAGCCAGCCGUGAUGCCUCCAUCCCUUGCCAGCAGCCACGACCCUUUGGCGUACCUGUCUCAGUAGACAAGGAUGUGCAUAUUCCAUUCACCAAUGGCUCCUACACCUUUGCCUCUAUGUACCAUCGGCAAGGUGGGGUGCCAGGCACUUUUGCCAAUCGUGAUUUCCCCCCUUCCUUACUACACCUCCACCCUCAGUUUGCUCCCCCAAAUCUAGAUUGCACCCCAAUUAGUAUGCUGAACCAUAGUGGUGUGGGUGCCUUCCGUCCCUUUGCAUCCACUGAGGACCGGGAGAGCUAUCAGUCGGCCUUUACACCGGCCAAGAGACUUAAGAACUGCCAUGACCCGGAGUCUCCCCACCUGCGUUUCUCUGAUGCAGAUGGUAAGGAAUAUGACUUUGGGACUCAGCUACCAUCUAGCUCCCCUGGUUCACUUAAGGUUGAUGACACUGGAAAGAAGAUCUUUGCUGUCUCUGGUCUCAUCUCUGACCGGGAAGCCUCCUCGAGCCCAGAGGAUCGCAAUGACAGAUGUAAGAAGAAAGCAGUAGCGUUGUUUGACAGCCAAGCCCCAAUCUGCCCCAUCUGCCAAGUCCUGCUGAGGCCCAGUGAGUUGCAGGAACAUAUGGAGCAGGAACUGGAGCAGCUGGCCCAACUGCCUGCCAGCAAGAAUUCACUUCUGAAAGAUGCCAUGGCUCCAGGCACCCCCAAGUCCCUCCUGUUGUCUGCCUCCAUCAAGAGAGAAGGAGAGUCUCCAACAGCAUCGCCACACUCAUCUGCCACUGACGACCUGCACCAUUCAGACAGAUACCAGACCUUCCUGCGAGUGCGAGCCAACCGGCAAACCCGACUGAAUGCUCGGAUUGGGAAAAUGAAACGGAGGAAGCAAGAUGAAGGGCAGGUAUGUCCCCUGUGCAACCGCCCCCUGGCAGGAUCGGAGCAGGAGAUGAGUAGGCAUGUGGAGCAUUGCCUUUCUAAGAGAGAAGGCUCCUGCAUGGCUGAGGAGGAUGCCGUGGACAUCGAGCACGAGAACAGCAAUCGCUUUGAGGAGUAUGAAUGGUGUGGGCAGAAGCGGAUACGGGCCACAACGCUCCUGGAAGGUGGCUUCCGAGGCUCUGGCUUCGUCAUGUGCAGUGGCAAAGAGAACCCCGACAGUGAUGCUGACUUGGAUGUGGAUGGGGAUGACACUCUGGAGUAUGGAAAGCCACAAUACACCGAGGCUGAUGUCAUCCCUUGCACAGGUGAAGAGCCUGGUGAAGCCAAGGAGAGAGAGGCACUCCGAGGCGCAGUCCUAAAUGGUGGGCCUCCCAGCACCCGCAUCACACCUGAGUUCUCUAAAUGGGCCAGUGAUGAGAUGCCAUCCACCAGCAAUGGUGAAAGCAGCAAGCAGGAGGCCAUGCAGAAGACCUGCAAGAACAGUGACAUUGAGAAAAUUACUGAAGAUUCAGCUGUAACCACGUUUGAGGCCCUGAAGGCUCGGGUCAGGGAGCUUGAGAGGCAGCUAUCCCGGGGGGACCGAUACAAAUGCCUCAUCUGCAUGGACUCAUACUCCAUGCCCCUAACGUCAAUUCAGUGUUGGCACGUGCACUGCGAGGAAUGCUGGCUGCGGACCCUGGGUGCCAAGAAGCUCUGCCCUCAGUGCAACACGAUCACAGCGCCUGGAGACCUGCGGAGGAUCUACUUGUGAGCUAGCCACCCAGACAGGCCUUGCCUUGAGCAUCCGCACCUGCCCCAACCUCUGUGACAGUGACCUUCUCCCUUUGUACAUACUUGCACACAGGUUCCCCGUGUACAUACAUACAUAAACACACACCCACACACAUGCGACUCUGGAGCCAGAGUGGAGCAGUCAUGCCCGUUGGCUCCCAACUUGGGGACCAUGCUUAUUCUGGCCUCUGUUUCCAGAGUGGGGCCAGGAGGUGGGGGUGGAGAAUAGCAGGGCCAGGUUCUUGAGAACCAGCCCUCAGACGGACGGACAUGCAAACACCAGACUGAAGCACAUGUAAUAUAGACUGUGUAUGUUUACAAUGUUGUGUAUAAAUGAGACAACUUUGCCCUCCACCCCUUCCCCUUUGGUUGUAUGAUUUUCUUUCUUUCUUUUUUUCUUUUUCUUUUUUUUUUUUAAAAGGAUCCCUGAAAGCAGUGCCCCCUUCAGGGCUGGCUGGGGGCUCGGCCCAUCCAUGUCUUAGGGUGCCUGCCUUUCCUUCUCCCAUGGUGUCCCUUCCCUCUCCCAUGUGCUCGGUGUUCAGUGGUGUACAUUUCUUCUCCCAGACAUGGGGCACAUGCCCCAAGGGAUAGGAUUCUCUCCUUAGUCUUAGCUCAUGGGGCUCUUUAUAAGGAGCUAGGGGCAGAGCAGGAAAUGGGACCGAGCUGAAGCAGAGGCUGAGAUCUGGGUGGCUGAAGGUGCUUCUGGCUGCCCAGCCUUCUGUUGAGAAGCAUUCCUGGGAGUAGAGCUGCUGUUCCCAGGGGAAAGUGUUGUCUUCUCUUGUGGGCCCCAUGGUGUGAUGCUGUGUCUGUAUAUUCUAUACAAAGGUACGUGUCCUUUCCCUUUGUAAACUACAUUUGACAUGGAUUAAACCAAUGUAAACCA